CACUGGCAUAUGCGAGAUAAAGGCAAUGUCGAGGGGCUAUUGGCAGCUGAUUUCAGCUUCUACGAGUGAAAUAUGACGCUUACUCGCAAGAUCUACUCUUGCAAUCUUGUGACUGAUUUUCUGGACUAUCUUCUCCACGACUCCGAGAGGGAAACGACUUUAGUGGUCUGUUCGUCGAGAGAGCGAUUUCUCGAACAGCUGUAUGCUGCGAUUCAUUUGAGCCAGCCCGACCAUGGGGCGGAGGAGCCUCAUGAGCAAGCCGACGGUGACGUGAGCUCGCAAGGGUUUCCCGACAUCUCGCUGUCCAAAUACCAACGCUUACUCACAAAAACCAUCGGCCUGCUAGGAAGAUCACGGCGGGUCAAGCUGGUAUUUUGCCAGACUGUGGAAACCCUGCGUGCAUACAUCUCGGUGCUGCCUGUUGUCUGGGCCAAGCAUGCACCCGCCUCGGGGGAACAGCAGGUCAGACAGCCUCUACUUGCUGUUUUGAAUUUACUGGAGCUUCACCGUUUGAGCUCAGAGUUUUCGGCGCAGGGGCUUUCGCGGACGCUGGCGACUAUGGUCGAAAUGGCUGCGAGCGUGGGUUCAGACCUACUGCUCUGCGAAUGCAGAGAUGCUACUGGUGUUUCCGGUAUCGACAGCGGACAGAGAUUAUGGUUCGGCAAUGUACCGAUUCUCAGCAGCGCUAUCCGGAUCGGGGGAGACGAUGGAGCGUGGAGUGGCCAUGGAGUACCGGUGAUUCGCGUCGUCCAGAGGUGGUUUGAAUUUGAUGACCACUGCCCGGCCUUACAAGCAACUACAAACAGCUAG